UGUUUUCCCCACACAGGUUGUUUGAUGGUCAGACACCUGUGUUAGCUAUCAUGGACACAGAGAUGAUGAAGAAUAUACUAGUAAAGGAAUUCUAUUCUGUGUUCACAAACCGACGGGAUGUAGGACCAGUGGGUAUGAUGAGUAAAGCCAUCUCCUUAUCUAAGGAUGAGGAGUGGAAGAGAAUUCGAGCCUUGCUGUCUCCCACCUUCACCAGUGGAAAACUCAAAGAGAUGUUCCCCAUCAUUGAACAGUAUGGAGAUAUUUUGGUAAAAUACUUGAGAAGAGAGGCAGAGAAAGGCAAGCCUCUCGACAUGAAAAAAGUGUUUGGGGCCUACAGUAUGGAUGUCAUCACAAGUGCAGCAUUUGGUGUAAACGUCGAUUCCCUCAACAACCCAAAGGACCCUUUCGUGGAAAAAACCAAGAACUUCAUAAGAUUUGAUUUUUUUGAUCCAUUAUUCUUGUCAGUAGUACUCUUUCCAUUCCUCACGCCAAUGUAUGAGAGGUUAAAUGUCUCCGUGUUUCCUAAGGAUUCGAUAGCAUUUUUCAAAAGCUUUGUGGAAAGAAUGAAGGAAAAUCGCCUAAAUACUAAGCAGAAGCACCGAGUGGAUUUUCUUCAGCUGAUGAUGAACUCUCAUAACAAUUCCAAAGACAAAGAGUCUCAUAAAGCUCUAUCUGACAUGGAUAUGAUGGCCCAGUCAGUUGUCUUUAUUUUUGCUGGCUACGAAACCACCAGCAGCACCCUUGCCUUCACCCUGUAUUUACUGGCUACUCACCCUGAUAUCCAGAAGAAACUUCAGGAGGAGAUCGAUGUGGCUCUGCCCAAUAAGGCACCUCCCGAUUAUGAUAAAGUGAUGGAGAUGGAGUACCUUGACAUGGUGCUGAGUGAAACCCUUAGACUAUACCCAAUUGCUAACAGACUUGAGAGAGUCUGUAAACAAGAUGUAGAAAUGGAUGGUGUGUUUGUUCCUAAAGGCUCCAUAGUGAUGGUACCACUUUAUGCUCUUCACCAUGACCCACAGUACUGGCCAGAGCCCAUGGAAUUCCGCCCUGAAAGGUUUAGCAAGGAGAACAAGGGCAGCAUUGAUCCUUAUGUAUACAUGCCCUUUGGGAAUGGACCCAGGAACUGCAUUGGUAUGAGGUUUGCUCUCAUGAACAUGAAACUUGCUCUCACUAAAGUCCUGCAGAACUUCUCAUUCCAGUCUUGUAAGGAAACACAGAUUCCUUUGAAAUUAAACAGAAAACCACUUCUUCAACCAGAAAAACCCAUUGUUCUAAAGGUUGUACCACGGGAUGUGAUUGUAACUGGAGCGUGACUUUCCCUCAAGGAGUCUGCAGAACAUUGGAAUCUUUAAUUUACUUCAUGAAUAAAACUCAGAUGAAGAUGAAGGUUAAUCAACUGGACUUGGUGCAUGCUUAAGGAUUCAGUGCAUCCAUUGAGCUUUCUCAUCGUCAAUACACAGUACAAUCUAAUGUAAAGGAAACGACUAAGUCAGCUGAGAGAAUGAGAAAUUCAUCUUCUCUUGUCUUCCUGAGGCCAUCUCCAUCUCCAUCAGAUUGUCUCCAUCAAUUUCUUUUGAGCUCUUUGGAGAAUAACCAUGUCUUUGUAAUUUGAUCAUUAAAUUUUUAAUUAAAAUCUGAACAAUUGUAACAG